GUGGCGCGUUUGUUGAACGUCCGGGAUUUUCACAUAUUCACACAAAGUAAAAAGUCUUUUCUGGGAGAUAUUUGUGGGGAGGUUCACGGACAUGGAGAAUGGCAGGGCCCAAUUUCCAUUCCCCUACCAGCCCUAUGACAUCCAGGAGCAGUUCAUGCAGGCUCUGUACAGUGCACUGGACCAGGGCAAAGUUGGGAUCUUUGAGAGUCCGACUGGAACGGGCAAGUCUCUGAGUCUAAUAUGUGGAGCGUUGAGCUGGCUCACAGACCACGAGGAGAAAAGGAGACAGGAGGCAGCUGCUCUGCUGAAUGAAGGAGAAGCAGCUCUUUCCACUUCUACUGAUCCGUCCUCGUCCUCAGCAGAGCCGGACUGGAUCACUGAUUUUGUGCAAAAAAAGGCAGAACGUGACUUGGUGUCAAAGUUGAAGGAAGAAGAAUUGAAAAGAAAGAAGAGGGAAGAACGGUUAGAAAUGAUCAGGAACAAUGUUCAACUUAAGUAUGCAAUGAAAAGAAAAAGCCGUGAAGACGAAGAGGCAUUUGAGUUGCUCCAGCUCAGUAAAAAGGAAGAGACCGAGCCACAAGGCGAACAAGAGGACGAGGAGCUUAUCAUUGCAGAAUAUGAGAGUGAUGACGAGUCAAAGACCAGGAGCAGAUUUUGUGGGGCUGACGAUGACACAGACGACGAGCUGGUUGAAGAACAUGUCACUAAGAUUUACUACUGCAGUCGCACUCACUCCCAGCUGGCCCAGUUUGUCCAUGAGGUUCAAAAGAGCCCCUUCAGCAAGGACAUCAGUCUGGUCACACUGGGCUCGCGGCAGAAUCUAUGUGUCAACGAAGAGGUGCGUCGUCUGGGCAGCAUCCAGCGCAUUAACGACCGCUGCAUGGAGAUGCAGAAAAACAAACAUGAGAAGCCGCAACAUGAAGAGGGUGUAAAACGUAAGCGAGGCCCAGCAAAGAGUGUGUGUCCCUAUAAUAAAGCUUCAGCAUUGCAGCAGAUGAGGGACAACGUUCUGGGGACAGUCCACGAUAUUGAGCAGAUGCUGAAGCUUGGCAGAGAGACACACGCGUGUCCCUACUACGCCACACGCCUCGCUGUCCCACCUGCACAGUUGGUGGUGUUGCCCUAUCAGAUGUUGCUUCAUGAAGCCACACGGAGGGCAGCAGGGGUCCAGCUGAAGGGACAGGUGGUGAUCAUAGAUGAAGCUCACAAUCUUAGUGACACACUCUCCUGUAUACACAGCGCAGAGCUCACUGGAGCGCAGCUCUGCCGUGCCCACUCGCAGCUCACCCAGUAUGGCGACCGUUACAAGAGCAGACUGAAGGCAAAGAACCUGAUGUACAUUAAACAGAUUCUGUAUGUGAUUGAGGGGCUUGUCCGUGGGCUGGGAGGUAAGGUGGGGCAGAAUCCGCAGAGCCAGACUACACAAACCGGCACUGAACUGCACACCAUUAACAACUUCCUCUUCAAGGCUCAGAUCGACAAUAUCAACUUGUUUAAGUUACAGAGAUACUUUGAGAAGAGCAUGAUCAGCAGAAAACUAGUAGGCUUUGUGGAGAAGUACGCAGGAUCAGGUGUGAGUUUGCAGACUCAGAGCAGCUUAAACAAGGAGAGCCGACGCACAGAGGGCCUAAACCGCUACCUUCAAACACUGCAGAGCAACCAGAGCAAUGCGCCAGUUUCUUCAGCAGACCAGCAGGGGUCAGAGGCAGAGAAAGUACUGUCUGCAUCUCCCAUGAUGCAAGUGGAGGGUUUCUUCAUGGCUCUCACCAACAGCAACACUGAUGGCAGAGUGGUGGUGCACAGACAAGGUACUUUGUCAGAGAGCAGUGUUAAGUUCCUGAUGUUGAAUCCAGCAGUCCACUUCGCUCAGGUGCUGAAGCAGUGCAGAGCAGUUAUCAUCGCAGGAGGAACCAUGCAGCCUGUUUCAGACUUCAAACAAGAGCUACUGUUUUCUGCCGGAGUGGGAGAGGAGCGCAUCACUGAGUUUUCCUGUGGUCAUGUAAUUCCUCCCGAGAACAUUCUCCCCCUCGUCCUGUGCAGCGGUCCGUCCGGUCAGGAGCUGGAUUUUACUUUCCAAAACAGAGACUCUCCACGCAUGAUGGACGAGACAGGGCGCAUUCUCUCCAACAUCUGUAACGUGGUGCCAGGCGGGGUCGUGUGCUUCUUCCCUUCCUACGAGUACUCGAGGCGCAUCGUUUCUCACUGGGAGGCCAGCGGGGCACUGACUCGUCUGGCUAACAAGAAGAAGAUCUUCCACGAGCCAAAGAAAGCCAACCAGGUUGAGCAGGUGCUGAGCGAGUUCUCCCGCUGUAUCCAGCGGUGUGCUGCGGACGCCGGCGGGCUCACAGGAGCGUUGCUGUUCUCUGUCGUCGGAGGCAAGAUGAGCGAGGGCAUUAAUUUCUCUGAUGAACUGGGCAGGUGUGUGGUGAUGGUGGGAAUGCCAUAUCCCAACAUCAAAUCCCCAGAGCUGCAGGAAAAGAUGUCCUAUCUGGACAAACACCUGCCUCAUGGUGGAGGGAGGAGCCCGGGACAAGCACUCAUAGAAAACCUCUGCAUGAAGGCCGUCAAUCAAUCCAUAGGAAGAGCUAUCCGUCACCGUGGCGACUAUUCCUCCAUUGUGCUGUGUGACCGACGCUACUCUCGACCCGCAACUCUCUCUAAACUUCCAACGUGGAUCAAAACUCGCACAAGCACACACACAACCUUUGGCCCUGCUUUUGCUGCCUUACGGAAGUUCUUCUUGGAGAAGAAGCAGAAGCAAAUGUAGUGUCACUUACACUGUGCCCGACUGACAUUUCCAAGAUCGAGGUUUGGAAACACUUCGAGG